UUCCAUUCAAAACAUUUUUUCGUCUCAGUGUGGACAAGUCUCUGGAAAGUCCUGUACAAAAUAUUUUUUACAAACUUGUAAAAAUUUAUUUUUGAACGUUAUAUUUUGAUCCGAGAUGGUGUUUGCAUCGAGUGGUCGCCAUCCGCCACCGCUGCCGCCGCCGCCUCCUCCUCCUUCAUCGUACCAGUCCUGGCAGAAGCCGACCCCGCCGAAGCCCGAGUCCUUGGAGAAUCCCGGUACGGUGGAGGAGCUGUUCAACAAGGUGCGCGAGACACAGCCGAACUGCUUCGAGGGCGCCAAGAUAAUGCUGAACAAGGCGCUGAGCAACCACUUUCAGAUGUCGCACACGCUCCACAUAAACAACACGUCGCCCAGCUACCACUUCCAGAGCAUCUACGCGGGCACCCAGAAGCACACCGCCACCGAAGCGUACCCCGUGCUGUUGGCCGACCUCGACGGACAGGGCAAUCUCAACUGCAACGUCAGAACACGCCCAACCAGGCGACGGCCGACUACCGCGGCGGCGACUGCACGCUCUCGCUGACUAUGGCCUCGCCCGGACU